AUGCGGUGGGCGUCGUCCAAGUACAGCCAGAGCAGUGCCCUUUCCACAUUAGCUAUUCUGGAGCAGCGAGACGGCCAGCUCUCUCAUGGCUCGCUCAGUGCCCUUACCGCGGGCACCAAGGUCGGCGGCCCUGUCCAUGCAUUUCUGGCGGGAAGCAAUGUGUCAUCGGCUGCUGAGCAGGCUGCCAAAGUAAACGGCGUGGAGAAGAUCAUUACGGUGGAGAACGACGCCUAUAACAAGGGCCUUCCCGAGACCUACGCACCGCUGUUAGUCGAGAACAUCAAGAAGGGCAACUAUACACACGUUAUUGCCGGACACACGGCCUUCGGCAAGAGCGUACUACCCAGAGUCGCAGCUCUGCUUGACUCGCAGCAGAUUUCCGAUGUGACAGCUAUCGAAGACGAAAAGACUUUUGUCCGCCCCAUCUAUGCCGGAAACGCCAUCGCCACCGUCGAGUCCACCGAUGCCAUCAAGAUUCUCACCAUUCGCGGAACCGCCUUUGCUCCUGCAACACCAGAACAGGCAUCUACUCCCAUCGAGGCUGGAGUAGACCCCAAGUCAGAGGCUACUUCAGAGUGGGUGUCUGAGAACCUAACAAAGUCAGACCGACCCGAUCUCGCUACCGCUGGCAAGGUUGUCUCGGGCGGUCGUGGACUCAAGUCCAAGGAAGAGUUCGACAAGGUCAUGCUGCCUUUGGCUGAUGCUUUGGGCGCCGCCGUCGGUGCAUCUCGAGCUGCCGUCGACAGCGGCUAUGCGGACAACAGUCUCCAGGUUGGACAGACUGGAAAGGUUGUUGCCCCGCAGCUGUACAUGGCCGUGGGCAUUUCGGGUGCCAUCCAGCACUUGGCGGGCAUGAAGGACAGCAAGGUCAUUGCCGCCAUCAACAAGGACCCUGAUGCGCCCAUCUUCCAGAUCGCUGAUGCUGGACUCGUAGGAGAUCUCUUUGAAAAGGUCCCAGAAUUAACGGAGAAGCUCAAGAGCUCCUAA